CGCGCCGCCCGCCACUCCCCCCAGCCCGGCGGCAAGCGCGGCAAGCGCAGCAAGCAUGACCAGUGUCCUGCAGCGACAGCCAACAACUCCGUCAUUCCAGAUUCGUCGCUCGCCCGAGCCCGAUCCGAGCUGGUCGUCGUCGAGCGCGCCCAGCGAGUCCAGCAGCGAUGACGAGUCCUCGCAGUGCAACGGCGUGGCGUCGCGGCCGCGCGUGUCGCGGUCGCCGGGCCAGGAGUCCCUCACGGCGCACGACAAGCCGCCGCGGCCGCCGUCGCACGCCACCGCCGCCGCCAAGCCCCGCAAGGCCCAGGACGAGGCCAAGUCCUUCCUCAUGCGCGCCCUGGGGCCCGUCACCAACCUCUUCCGCCACGGCAGCAAGACGCCCACCGAGAUGGACGCGCACCGCGACGAGGCGGACGACUCUGUCGGCGAGGUGGGCCUGCAGCAAGGCCUGCAGCAAGGCCUGCAGCGAACCAAGAGCACGCGGUCGCUGGGCAAGACGGACCCGGACAGCGUCAGCAUCAAGUCCAACGAGUCCGGCAAGCUGUACAAGAUCCGCAAGCAGUACUCUGGCGAGCGGCCCUGGUGGCAGGAGAGCUCGGACAACAUCGCGGAGCAGGCAGCCGCACUGCAGCGCGCCCCCAGCACGCGGUCGCUCAGCAAGCCGAGCCAGGACUCCGACAAGGAGAGCGUCAAGUCUUUCAAAAUCCGCAAGCAGUACUCGGGGGAGCGGCCGUGGUGGGUGGAGAGCGCCGAGAGCAUCCCCGCAGCCCUGCAGCGCGCCCCGAGCACGCUGUCCGUCAACAGUGUGGGCACGGCCGCCGGGACGAGUCCUACCGGCGCCGUCGAGGAGAGACGCACCCUGGCCAACCUGCGGCCCGUGGAGUCGGGCGAGCGCGCUUGGUGGCUGGACAGCAUAGAGAACAUCGCCGAGGGUGUGCAGCGGGUGGCCUCGGACUGCGCGUCGGCGGCCUCGGCGGCCUCGGCCUCCAUCAGCAAGGCCUCGGACUCCUCGGACAGGGACGCGUCCUCGCACCGCGACGAGACCAAGUACCGAAUCACCCGCAUCUACUCCGGCGAGCGGCCGUGGUGGAUGUUCAACAGCAACCCCACGUCGCUGGCCCCGCCCCAGCAGCAGCGCAGAGACACCACGGCCUCGCCGAGUUCUUCUGAGGAGAGCUCGGAAGAUGAGAGCCGUCACCGCGCGCCGACACCUCCCCGUCGACAGCGGCCGCCUCCUGACAGUGACGCUUCCAGCGUCGCGUCGGACUGGCCCGGCUCCGCCCCCUCGCCCUGCCCCCCGCUGCUGCCGCCCCCGCCCCCCGUCCGGUCCUCCAGCUGGCAGCAGCCGCCCCCGGCGCAGCCCCCGUCCGCCCCCGCGACGCCGCGGCCGCACCGUCCCCAGCGGCCCAGGCACUUGCCGCUCUUCAUCGGCGGCCACACCAACAUCGACGACAUCCUGGGCAACGUGGUGCCCAUCUCCGCGCCGGACCUGGGCCUGGACCCCAUGGACCUGGACGGCGACUCGAGCGACUCGGAGCAGGCGCGCGAGGUGGCCGCCGACCAGGUCCGCGUCCACGACAGCGUGGCGCACACGGCCGUCAUCGAGCACCGCCAGCAGCACCACCAUCCGCAGCAGCAGCAGCAGCAGCAUCGGCAGGAGGAGCACCGCCAGCAGCAGCAGCGGCCGUUCCAGCCGCCGGGGAUGAUCAAGCUGGACGAUGCCGCCCUGCAGCUCUACAAGGAUGGCGACUUCGGCCCGUACCUGGACCUGGACGCGUCCAUCGCCGAGCAGCAGGAGGACUUCGAGGACUUCCACGCCAACCGGAAGAAUUCCCUGGUCCUGCGCACCCAGCUGUCCGUCCGGGUCCACACCAUCAUCGAGAAGCUGGUUACCUCUGAGGGACGUGAGCUGCGCCGCGCCCUCUUUUCGCUCAAACAGAUAUUCCAGGAGGACAAAGACCUGGUGCACGAGUUCGUCCAGAAUGAGGGCCUGUCGUGCCUCGUCCAGGUCGGCUCCACGGCGGACCAGAAGUACCAGAAUUACAUUCUUCGAGCCCUGGGCCAGGUGAUGCUGUACGUGGACGGCAUGAACGGCGUCAUGGAGCACCCCGCCACCCUGCAGUGGCUGUACUCCCUCAUCGCCAGCCGCUUCCGCCUGGUGGUCAAGACGGCCCUCAAGCUGCUGCUCGUGUUCAUCGAGUACACGGACGCCAACAGCCUGCUGCUGAUCCGGGCCGUGCACGCCGUGGACGCGGCCGAAGGGCUGACGCCGUGGUCGCGCGUCAUCCGCCUGCUCAUGGACUACGACGCGGCGGACACCGAGCUGCUCAUCUACGCCAUGACGCUGCUCAACAAGACGCUGGCCGGCGUGCCGGACCAGGACACCUACUACGACCAGGUGGACCUGCUGGAGGAGCAGGGCAUCGAGAACGUCAUCAACAGAUACAUGUCCCGCCAGGGCACCGACCUGGACCUGCUGCGGCAGCUGCAGAUCUACGAGGCCGUGCUGCAGUUCGAGGAUGGCGCGGGCGGCGGCGACCGCGGCCUGCCGCAGCCCCUCCGCCAGCUGGACGACAAUCUCAGGAAGACGCUCCGGAACCGCAAGUCGCUGACGUCGGACCUGGGCAUGGGCGUGGACAGGCGCCGGUCGCGCCGCCACUCGACGGGCACCGUGCCGCCUCACCUGCGCCUGUCCGGCCUGUCCGCCAACGCGCAGCCCGGCGGCCCGGGCGCCGUCCCCGGAGGCGUCCUCGGAGGGCGCCGCGAGGACGGCGAGGACUCCAGCAGCUCGCAGUCGUCGCAGGCGCUGGACUCCAUGCACCUCAACGGCAACUACAAGGAGACGGGAGGUGAGUGCGUGCAGGACGUCGGCGUGACGCCCGCCCUGCGGCGGCGCAGGGAGCGGGCCGAACGACAGCGCUGCUUCCAGCGCGAGCAGGCCGAGUUCAGCGUCGGGGGGCGGCCCGCCCAGGGUGCCAACUCGGACCCCGGCCCCGUCAGCCCGCCACUGGUGCCGCCCUCGCCGCCGCCGCCCCCACCACCCCCGCCGCUGCCGCCCCCGCCCCAGCCCCUGGGACUCAACCUGGGCCUGGGGCUGCACAACUACACCGUCCCGGACGAGGGUCUGACGCCGGCGCAGCGUCUGGCCAACGGCACGUCCGGCGUCCUCUGCCCCGGCGUCCCCGGCGUUGGCGCGGACUCGAACCUCCUGCGAGCCGCCGACCGAACGCCGCUGCUCAACGCCGUCAACCGCAUGGACUCCCGGCACGACAACUCGUGGGCCUACCUCGAGGACAGCAACGGGCACGGCCUCGACGACCUGCCCGCGCGCAGGGAGAACACCGUCAAGGACCUGACGCAGAAGCUGGCCAGCCAAAACAUCCUGCAGAGCCCGGUGGACGAGAACAAGUCGUUCAUCAAUGACAUGUCCGGGAUGGCCGGCAUCAUCUCCAAGGCCAAGGAGGGCCUGGCCAAGAGCAAAUCCAAACAGGACGUGUCACCAACGACGCCGCCGCCGCCGCCUCCCUCCGCGCCCGCGCCCAAGAUCAAGUCGGAGACGGAGCUGCACUGGGAGGAGCUGGUGUCGAACCUGAGCCGGUCGCUGGAGCUGUGCGACCUCGACUUCACCGACCUCCACAGCGACGUGCGGGACGACCCCGCGGCGCUGGUGCGGACCCACUACGCCCCGAUGCUGUGGGACGAGCUGCGGCCCGUAGACGUGGACACCCAGAAGCUGGAGCACCUGUUCGAGUCCCGCGCCAAGGACCUCAUCUCCAAGAAACAACAAGAACUGAACAAGAACAAGGAGAUCAUCGUGCUAGACCACAAGCGCUCCAACGCCAUCAACAUCGGCAUGACCAAGCUGCCGCCGCCGCGCUCCAUCAAGACGGCUAUCCUCAAGAUGGACGCCACCGUCAUGAACCGCGAGGGCAUCGAGAAACUGCUGACGAUGCUGCCCACGGACGACGAGCGCACCCGCAUCCAGGAGGCGCAGGCCGCGGCGCCGGACACGCCGCUGGGCUCGGCGGAGCAGUUCCUACUCACCCUCGCUUCCAUCUCGGAGCUGCCGGCGCGCCUCAAGCUCUGGGCCUUCAAGCUGGACUACGAGAACAUGGAGAAGGAAAUCGCGGAGCCGCUGAUGGACCUGAAGCAGGGCAUGGAGACGCUGCGCUCCAACAAAACAUUCCGUUGCAUCCUGCAGACGCUGCUGUCCAUCGGCAUCUUCCUGAACGGCAGCCACGUCAAGGGCUUCCAGAUCGAGUACCUGGCCAAGGUGCCCGAGGUCAAGGACACGGUGCACAAGCACUCGCUGCUGCACCACCUGAGCCACAUGGUCAUGGACAAGUUCCCGGACGCGUCCGACCUCUACAGCGAGAUCGGCGCCGUGACCCGCGCGUCCAAGGUGGACUUCGACGAGCUGGCCGCCAACAUCGUCCGCAUGGAGACCGAGUGCAAGGCGUCGUGGGACCGGCUCAAGCUGGUGGCCAAGCACGACGGCUCCACCAUGGUCAAAGUCAAGAUGUCGGACUUCCUGGCGGACUGCGCCGAGCGCAUCAUCGUUCUGAGCGUGGUGCACCGGCGCGUCAUGAACCGCUUCCACCGCUUCCUGCUGUGGCUGGGCGUGCCGCUGGCCAGGCUGCCGGACACCAAGCCCAGCGAGUUCUGCCGCGUCGUGUCCGAGUUCGCGCUCGAGUACCGCACCACCCGCGAGCGCGUGCUGCAGCAGCUCCAGAAGAAGGCCAACCACCGCGAGAGGAACAAGACUCGCGGCAAGAUGAUCACCGAGGUGGGGAAGUUCCAAGGCAAAGAGGUGCGCGCCGAGCUGCGCGCCGACGCCGAGCUCCGCCAACUGCUGGGCAGUGACAUCUCGGACGUGGAGAGCAUCCACGGCACCAUGCCCUGGGGCCGCCGUCAGAGGAAAGACAUCGGCCGCACGGUGCUGAGCCCUCUGAGCCCGCUGCUGCGGGACGACGCCGGCAACGGCGACAACCUGACGGACGGCGACGACGAGAUCCUGGAGAGCCUCGUCAAGACCGCCACCAAGCUGCCGUCGUCGCGGACGGUGCCGCGGGAGAGGAAGAGGACGCGGCACGCCGACCGCAAGUCGCUGCGGCGCACCCUCAAGAGCGGGCUGUCGGACGAGGACCGCAAGCACCUGGCCGCCUACAUCAAGGGCUACUGAGUGCUCGCCUUUGUUGCUCUCCCGUGUAAAUUAAAUUAAUUUAUAUUAAUGAAUAAAUAAUUGGGUGACGCAUCGGCUUGGACAGUGCCGGGCGGAGGCGGCAUGUGCGCGUGGGAAGGGGGAAGGGGGUUGGGGGGCGCGCCUGCAGCGCCUGCAGCCAGACUGACUGACUCACUGACUGUGGCAAGGCUGUGCUGUGCGAGCUGCAAUCUGAAGCAACAGUCCUCGCCCUCUAUGUCUGUCUGAAUCCACCGACGUGUAUUGUCUACUUUAUUUUAGAGGAUGCUUUUUGUUCAUUUUGUUGCUUUAGAACGUUACGUUCCUAUUAGAAAUCAAUUGAGUCACCCUUCUUUCGUAGUUUUAGUUUUAUGACUUGUUGCACGUAGUAGGUCCUCUCCCCUCUUACAUGCCUUGCAAAUGUGAUACAGAAAGUGUGAAGUAAUGCUAAAGUGUUGCUAGUCUUUUUUUACAAAUAAAUACUGUGUAUUUUUACGCUUUUGAUGAAAAAUAUUUGAGCUUGAUUCAGAUUUGUAUUCAUGAUCCUAUGAUUAAUUUGUAAGGGCACAAAAAUAAUAAAUGUUAUGUGAGCAGA